GGCAGGCGCUCUAAAUGCCUCUACUUCUUCUCCUCGGUACUAAUACGAUGCUUGUUUUCACCAAAGGUUCGUCACACAGCGACAAGGAUGCGGACUCGAACACGCCGGAGAAGAGCGCGCGCGCCCCCGAGCGCAAGCGCAAACGGAAAGCGGACGACGCGGGCGGCGGACUCGCGGGGGGCGGCGGAGCGCCGAAGGGCGGCGGGCGUCCCGCGCUCCCGUCGUCCGACAAGAAAAUCAACGAGUACUUCAAGCAUUCGGGCAGCAGUCCGAUCAGGCACGGGGGCGCCAAGAGCCCCAGUCCGCAACAGCCCUAUCCUAUGUUACCCCCUUCCCCGCAACAAGUCGGCCUACCCUCACCGGUGACGACGGGUCCUUUCGAAUUUCUUCCAGCUACCCGACAACCUCACCAGAGGUUACCUUCACUCUCAAUGGUUCACAAACUUAUACAGACUGAAUUAACGUGUCAUCGAAUAAAAGAGUUCGAGACACAGGCGUCCUCCGACCUGGAAGUACGCAACAACAAGAUCGAAGAAUUGACGCGGACGAGCGAAGAGCUGCGGCAUCAGAUCUCCACGCAACAAAAAGCCAUCGAUCAGCACAAACAGCAAGUGAACAAAUGUAUAGAAGUGGUAAAAAAGUUGCUGAAAGAGAAGAGUUCGAUCGAGAAGAAGGAGGCGCGUCAGAAAUGUAUGCAAAAUCGGUUGAGGUUAGGGCAGUUUGUGACGCAAAGGGUGGGGGCGACAUUUCAGGAGAAUUGGACUGAUGGACACGCGUUCCAGGAACUAGCGAGGCGGCAAGAAGAGAUCACUGCCGAACGGGAGGAGAUCGACCGGCAAAAGAAGCUGCUGCUGAAGAGGCGGCCGUCGAGCAGCGAAGGGGGCGGCCGGAAACGGAACAACUCCGCGCUGCACAACGGCACGACGACGGACAGCGGCUUCCUCAAACCGGACACCGUGCCCGGCUCCUUAACGUUGCAGGAGUACUACGAAGCGGACGAGAUCCUCAAGUUGAGGCAAAACGCGCUCAAGAAGGAAGACGCCGAUCUGCAGCUCGAGAUGGAGAAGUUGGAGAGGGAGAGGAAUCUACAUAUUAGGGAAUUAAAACGUAUUCACAACGAGGACCAAUCUCGGUUCAACAAUCACCCUGUACUAAACGAUAGGUAUCUUCUGCUGAUGUUACUAGGUAAAGGUGGCUUCAGCGAGGUGCACAAAGCGUUCGACCUGCAAGAGCAACGGUACGUGGCUUGCAAAGUGCAUCAGCUCAAUAAAGACUGGAAGGAGGACAAGAAGGCGAACUAUAUCAAACAUGCUUUAAGGGAGUACAACAUCCAUAAGGCUUUGGAUCAUCCCCGCGUAGUUAAGUUAUAUGACGUGUUUGAAAUAGACGCGAAUUCGUUUUGUACAGUUUUAGAAUACUGUGAUGGCCAUGACCUAGACUUUUAUUUAAAGCAGCAUAAGACAAUACCAGAAAGGGAGGCACGAUCCAUAAUAAUGCAGGUAGUGUCAGCGCUCAAGUACCUGAACGAGAUCAAACCGCCUGUGAUUCACUACGACCUAAAGCCGGGCAACAUCUUGCUGACGGAGGGCAACGUGUGCGGCGAAAUCAAGAUCACCGAUUUCGGCCUCAGCAAGGUGAUGGACGAGGAGAACUACAACCCCGACCACGGUAUGGAUCUUACGUCGCAGGGCGCAGGCACUUACUGGUAUCUCCCUCCUGAGUGCUUUGUAGUAGGAAAGACUCCCCCAAAGAUUUCUUCUAAAGUCGACGUCUGGAGUGUAGGUGUGAUAUUUUACCAAUGUCUAUAUGGCAAAAAACCGUUUGGACAUAACCAGUCUCAGGCUACCAUUUUGGAAGAAAACACUAUACUAAAAGCGACUGAAGUUCAGUUUGCUAAUAAACCCGCUGUGACCAAUGAGGCUAAGAGCUUCAUUAGAAGUUGUUUAGCCUACCGCAAGGAAGAUCGCAUAGAUGUUCUUUCUCUGGCCAAACACGAGUACUUGCAACCUCCUAUGCCAAAACACUCGCGAGUCACCUCCAACCAGCAGCAGCAGCAACAACAGCAGCAGCAGCAACAGGCUAGUUCGUUUUCGACGGGCAUCUUCGGCGCCAUGAACGCUUCCUCCUCAUCUUAGUGCAGUGCUGUGUUUUUAAGUUAUUUAAAUAAAUAGUAAGAGACAGAGAGAUGUUGAACGGAUGUAAACAGUGAGUCUGUUACGCGUCGCCGCCAUAAACUAUUCCCGUGAAAAUGGCGCGCGCAUGUUGAACCGAACACUAUAAUGUCAAAAUAUUGUUGUUGAAAGUUGUUUUAGCGAGAAAAAGGACCAGGAUUCCCCUCUAAAUGCGAUAAGGCUAGAACGUCAAGUGCUGUGCUGGACUAGGUUUUAAAUCUUUUUCAAUUUCUUGUUGCUUAAAAUGCUUCCCUUGUCUCCUACCGCCCUCGCGAGACUGGUGAGGCGUCGUUCCCUUUCCAUUUUUGGCCAAAAUUGGGUCUCGAUUGUGCAUGAUCCGUUUGUGUUUCAGAAACCGAUUUCAUAUACAGGGUGUGCCAAAAAGUACGCCACCGAUUUUUUUAUCAAUGAGUUAUCGGAAACAGGUCAUAUAGAAUAAGUUCAGAAUUCUCAAUGACAAAAAAUAAUGUGACAACUUUAAUUCAAUUUUACUGUCCCACAAAAAAAUGUAAAAAACCAAACUGUGCAAUGGGUUAUGGAAAACAAAAUUUAAACUAACAUAUUGAAAAUGACUUUAUAAACUAUUCAAAAGGAUCUGGCACUCAUUUCUAGAUAAAAAAAAACAUGGUACAUUAGCUUACUUCGGGUUUCUCUUAUUAACGAUUCUGAACCGUCCUAGAACUGGGAUGCGUAUGUGCAGAAGGAAAUAUGAAGACAUUUCAUUUGCGCAUGCGCUGCAGAGUCUAGGACGGUUCAGAAUCGGUAAUAACAAGAACCCGAACAAAGUUUCUAAUGAAAUAUGUUUUUUUUUCUAUAAUCUAUUGAAACAAGUUUGGCAUCAAAUUGACAUUUAUUUUUUUUUACACUUAUUUGUGGGACAGUAAGUUAAAAAUAUUAUAUUAUAUUCUGGUUGAAUUUUCUUUGUUUUACAUAAUUUAGCGAAAACAAUACGAUAUUUAUAAAAGUGCCAGUACAUUUACGAAACUUUGUAUAUUGACCUAAAAUAAAAGUCUGUCACAAAUUGUCACUUAACCUAACUUUUUGCAUAUCUAAAAAGAGUUUUUGUAAUUUACCUACGCGACAGUUUGUUGACGUAAUUACGUCAAACAUCCUAAUUUAGUUCAGCAUUAAACCUUCUUACAAUAACUCGUUAAUAAAAAUGGUUCUCAGUUGUUGCAAACUUUAUAUGACACGCCCUGUAUACUUUUGUAACAGUAUAAUAUGAAUUAUUGGUGCUUAAAAAUCAAUGUUGUCAAAAAUCAUACCGGUAUUAUACAUUUAUACUAAAUAAUUAAUUAUUGUUACCUGCGGACAUAGUGUAUUUUUAUUUCUAUACAAAAAUAAUUCUGAUUUGAAUUGACUUAUUCAUUGAAACAUAUAUUUUCAAAUAUGUUAUACUGUAAGAGGAACCUUUUGAUAUUAUUUUGAUUAAAAGAAAAAGAUCGCUGUAAAGUAUUUUUAAUUUUCCUAUCAGUAUUAAAUAACACCUUCCAGAAAAUCACUCAGAUAUUUUAGAAAAUGUACAGAUCACUUUUGUGGCCAUUUGUGUGUAUAUUAUACACAAAUUAUAUUUAUUUGAUCAUUUCAUGAUUUUAUAUUACAAAGUACCAUCAUGUAAUACUUGUCAACUUAAAUUUUAUGAAACACAAGUGGAAAGUUUGAAGUUGAAUUUGUCUGAGGCUGUAAAAAUUUACAAAAAAAACAUAAGACCUAAAACAAAAAAUAAUUUUUCGUUUAUUAGAGCAAUAAAAAAACAAUAUAAUUAUAUUGUUAUUUAUAACUUUUAUAUAUUUUGCCACUGAAAAUACUUUUUAACCUAAAAAAUAUGAAAAAAUAUACUCUAUUUUUUUUGAAUUGUUAUUGUCAGUAUCACUGCCAUUUUUAGUCAUUUAUAUACACAUACUGAAUCUUUUUUAGUAUGUUUUGAUGACAGAUAAACGUAAGACAGCUAUUGCAUUUUAUUUAAUAUAUACAAGCCGCAAAUUAACUUAAACUAAGGAAAGGUCUAACGAGAAAAAAACAGUUCCUAUGAAAGGACGGUCCCUACCAGACUCUGCGACGGUAAUGCACUAUUUAAAAGAAAAUAAAAGCAGAAAUUCCGUAACUAAAAGGUGUAAGUGCAAAACUGAAAUGUAUGUUUCCCAUUCAUAUUAGGUAUGAAAUUAUAAUAAAAGUAGAGAACGUUAAAAAGUUGUUUUAUGAAGUGACCUUGCUUUGACCGUACGGUUUACUCUCUUGUUUUUCAGGUCUUCGAUUAUUUUUUCAAGUGAAGUUGAUUACUUACAUUUAUCACACAUUUUUAACGAUAUCAGGCCGAUCUUGUGACAUUUUCUUAAAACUAAAAAGUGCUAAAUAAUUAUAAGAAAAUGUAACUGGGUAACAGUUACAAUGAAAAAAACCUUAAAAUUUGACAAUGUUUUUGUGGAUAAAAUUUUUCAAAAUUUUCAUAAAAUACUUAUAUAGUCUGUACAACGAGAAGAUCCCUGACAGUUACAGUUGUGUCUGUCAUUUUAAUUCACAGAUAAAUUACACGUACUGUUAUUUUUUGGAUAUGUGUCAAAAUCUUCCUUGACUCCUUGGACAGACUUUACUUACUAAUAAAAAACUCAUACUGUAUUUAUUUAUACAUAAGAGGUUGUACAUCAUUAAAAAUAAAUUAUACCACAUAAUUAAGGGAUAUUUUAAUUUUUUAUUACAAAAUUGGUACACAUCCUGUGAGCGUUAAAAUAUUUUAAAUUCUAUAUACAGGAUACUUGCAUUCCAUGGACCAAACUUUACUAGCCAAUUGUCCGACUAAGAAUAUGCAUAUUUAUCAACUAAAAAAAUAAAAGUCACACAUCUGAGAUAUCCAAAAAUAAUGAUUGAAAUACAUUUGGUAGUAGAUAAUGUUAUUGAUCAUAUACAAAUAUUUAUAGGUAUUGCAACUAUAAUUAUUGAGAUAUAAAAAAACGAUAAUAAAAAGUGCAAUGAAGAUACUUGUAAAAUUUAAGUACCUAUCUUUCUUCUUUCUGCACUAAUCAUCAGAUCCCUGACAUGACAGGUCACUGCCAGGGAAUACAUACAAUAUUGGCAGGUAUCUACCUUUUUAAAAGGUAUUAAAGGUUGUUACUUGUGACUGUGGGGCUUAUGAUUUAUGUAGAAAGAAAAAAUAUAUCUUGUUAAAAUUUGUCACCAUUUUUAUUGCACCUUUUAUCAUCAUUCUGGUCUUUUUAAAAUAUUUAAAUAUUAGUUGGAGUCAGUGGUGAACCACGCAACAACAACGUAUUAAAUUGUCUUCAACAUGAAUAUAAUCAUAUAAAGGAAUUAAUAAUUUCAUUAUCAAUUAAAUUUGCAAUAAAAUUGCAUAUAAACAUUUUGGUUCCCUCUUACCAGCUCUGAAAAAAGAAUUGUAUUUUAUUUGCUAUCUAGUUGUUUUUAAUAUUAUUUACCGUCAACUGAACUCUGCUAAUAAAUACUGUAUGAUCGAAAAAAAAACACAGCGUCCAGUUGCUUGGAAAUGAACAUCGAUGCCGUUCCCCAUAUAAAAUAACAGCGAUCUUCAUUUCAUAGCCAUCGCUGACACCGUUUUUUUUUCAUCAUAUUGUAUAAAAUAAUACUGUUAAAAUUAAGUUCGACAUUUAAUUGAAUAUUGUUUUUUCAAGUUGCCAGAAGCAUCAGAGGAUAGUCUAGAAUUUAGACAGAUAAAAAUAUACAGGGUGUCCCAGAAAUAAGUGCAAGUAUUUUAACUGGGAGUAUAGUUCAACCCCAGAAACACGCCUGAGUUUUUUUUUCGCGAAAAAAAAAUUCGGAAAUUCGGGAUUUUUUGAAAAAAAAUUUUUGAUUUUUUUUUAGUUUUUAGUUAAAAACAUAAUUUUUUGAUAAUAUGGCAACAUAGGAAGUAGAUUAAAUUCACAAGAAAUAAAAUCCAGAAAAGAUCCAGUGGUUCUCAAAAUUUUAGCAAAAAAUAAUAACUCGGUUAUUUUGGACAUCUUUGAAAAUAAAAAUUCCCCUUAAAAUACUUGCACUUAUUUCUGGGACACCCUGUAUACAAUAUGAAGAAAUGUGCUUUAUAUGAUGACUAAAUAUAUCAAUAUUAAUAAUUAAAAACAUUAGUAUCUUAAAAAUACAUAGAUGAAAAAAAUUACGUUAUUAAAUAAAGUUUAUUAGCCAUAGUAUUUCUGUCAUAUCCACACGGCACUAUUCAAAUUUUAAAUUUGACACAAGAAAUAAAAUCACAACACUCUAGAUGUACCAAAGCAAAACCAACGGUAAUUAUGCUUUUAUUUAGGUACUUUUAUAUAUAAAAAUUAUUUAUUAUAUUUUUUUUAUUCAGUCGUUACAGAACGGAGCAAUUCUAUUGAAUGGCAACACCGAUAUUGGAAAACUUUGAAGAUUUAGUUCGAAUACUGGAUUAAUCAUAAUUGUGUGUGAUAAAAUAUUACAAAAUUAUUAUUUUUUUUAUAUUUAAAAGAUAUUUAGUACUGUAAAAAAUAAUUGGAUGAGAGCUUCCACUUAGAAUAUUUCUAUUAAAUCCAUUCUUUUAAACAAUUAUUUUAAUUCGAAACAAUACUACAAUGUCUGCUUCUUAUAUUUAACACAUUGUGGUCUUUGUUUAAUAUCUUGGCCAUUAUGAUAUACAACCAAUUAUGUCAAAAAUGUCAUAAGAACUGUGCCACAUGAUAAUAAUUGUUGGCUAAUUCUAGAAUCAAAU